AUGCUCCCAAACGCGUUAACUCUCCUGUACACAAUUGGCUUUGCGUCGCUCGCAUGUGGCAGCAAUUCAUCGACCAUUUACUUUCCUCAGGCCGCCACGACUUCCGUAUCUUCCCCUCAAACAACGCUUCCCUACCACAAGAAUGCUUCCAAUCCGUACCUGGGACAAGCUCCCCCUCAGGCCGCUUUCCCGCUCUCACCGUCUCCAAGCGGACUCACGUGUGUUGUGACACCUUUGGGCUGGGGUCAGGACGAUUCGUCCCAGAUUCUUGCUGCUGUUCAAAAAUGCGGCACCAAUGGGACCAUUACACUACCGGCUCCGUACGUCUACACGAUCUCAAAACGGAUGUACAUGAAACUCCAGAAUGCGCGCUUGGAGAUCUUCGGUACCCUCUCUUUCGCGCCAGACCUGACAUACUGGAUUGACAAUUCCUUCCGCGUUGAGUUUCAGAACCAGUCCACGGGGUGGAUUGUUGAAGGUAACAACUUUGAAAUCGAUGGAGGGGGCUGGAUGCAGGGCGGGGUCAAUGGCAAUGGACAGGCAUGGAUGACCCACGCCGCCGGACACAGCAACCAGUUUGGCCGACCUAUUGUUAUUUCAAUCUUCAAUUCCUCCAAUGUGAUUGUGACCAACUUCUCCAUACGCCAGCCGAUGUUCUGGAGUUUCUGGAUCCAGGACUCGUACAAUGUCGAACUCAGCAAGGUGUAUAUCAAUGGUACCAAUACAGAUCCAUACGGAAAUUCCUCCAACUACGAAACGAACAUUGAUGGCCUCGAUUCCCUGCGAGUUGACCAUCUUCUGGUAAGAGAUUGGCAAUUCCACGGCGGAGAUGAUUGUCUGGCUCCGAAAGGGAACACGACCAACAUGGUAAUCAACAAUAUGACUUGCGUUGGAGGUGGGAUUGCGUUUGGGUCAAUCGGCCAGUAUGUUGACUCACCGGACUACAUUUUCAAUGUGACAGCCACAAACAUCUCAGUCUCACAAGAUAUCAAUCCACGGACUGGAGGGGCUGCAGUAGGGGGCGGAGCUUACUUCAAAUCGUGGGUAGGCAAAGCAGAGGGUCAACCUCCACAAGGUGGCGGCGGCGGCACGGGGAGAGUUUCCAAUGUGACUUUCAUGGGACUAACGACUCACAACACAAGCCAAGCUGUCUACAUCAACAAAUGCUACUUCAAGGUGCCUGAUCAGGCCCAUUACUGCGAUACCAGCACUCUCGAGUUCGAGAAUCUACUGUUCUCCGACGUGUCUGGAACCGUUAGCAGUAAGGUCGGAGUCGCCUUGAACUGUUCAGCAGCAGCACCUUGCACGAACAUCGAUUUCAAGGAUGUGCACUUGGUGGAUUCAGCCACCAAUAAGACUGCCAAUUUGACUUGCGUGAAUGCAAAGAAUGUCACCGGGUUAAGUUGCAACGCUACAUUGGCAACAUAA